ACAGCAAGUAAGUGCCCUGGCCCCUGAUGGUUUCUCCUCCUAAACCAAUGCUGAUCAUCCUGAUACCUUGCUACUGCUGGUUCUUCAAUAGAUGCCUAAUCUUGUUGAGUAUCCCUCUGUCAUAACUUGUUUUCCAUGUUCACUCAUCUUGCUUGUGCACUGCAUAGAAUGUGAGUGCUGUGUCACAGCUCCUCCUGAUUGGUUGUUGAUUUUUCUGAUUGACUCUCCCCUAGCAUGUCAGUCCUUUUCGUAUAGCCAUGUAAUUCCAUUUCUGUACUCAUUGUAUGUUGACAGGGUGUAUGUUAUCCCCUGUCUUGUUAUGCAUCAGUGGUGUGCUGACACACUCAAUUUCAUUGGUUUUACAUAGCUUGUAAAAGGUGAUGGUUCUGUUUGCAAUGGUUCUGAUGCUAACUUUGCCAUCUCAAUCACUAGAACGAUGUCUGGAUAUUGGAUA